AUGCGUGGACAAUUCGUAGUCCCCAACCACCAUUUCGGUCAAUCGCACUGUGAUUAUAAUGACAAUAGGAAUAGAGAUAAUCGUACAACUGAACAGUUCGACGAAGAUGAUUUUGGAAUAAACUUUUUCGAUAACGCUGCACGUGGCUUUGAUGGCGAUUCGCGGAAUAGAGAUGACCUUUUUUAUUACGGCGACGGCGGAGGAAACAAUCAGCAGUGGAGUGGAGACGAUCGUUCUAAUUACAAUGAUGGUGGAAGAUAUAAUCAACAAUGGGAUGGAAGUGAUCAGUUUACUUAUAAUGAUCGGGGGGGAUUAUGGUCAGCAAUGGAAUAG